CGCGGCGGCGGCGGAGGACGCGGCUGCGCUGGCGACGCGGAGCCCGUAGCCGGAGCGGGCGGGCGGCCUCCCUCCCUCCCUCCCGGGCGCAGGAUGUUCGGGCGGUCGCGCGGCUGGGGCGGCGGCAGCGGCGGGCACGGCAAGGCCGCGCGCAACAUCCACUCGCUCGAGCACCUCAAAUACUUGUAUCACGUUCUGACCAAAAAUACCACUGUGACGGAUCACAACCGUAACCUGUUGGUGGAGACGAUUCGAUCCAUAACUGAGAUCCUGAUAUGGGGAGACCAAAAUGACAGUUCAGUGUUCGACUUCUUCUUGGAGAAGAACAUGUUUGUGUUCUUCCUGAACAUCUUGCGUCAGAAGUCCGGCCGUUACGUGUGUGUGCAGCUUCUGCAGACCUUGAACAUCCUCUUCGAGAAUAUCAGUCACGAAACCUCCCUGUACUAUCUGCUUUCUAACAACUAUGUCAAUUCGAUCAUCGUGCACAAAUUUGACUUCUCGGAUGAAGAGAUCAUGGCGUACUACAUUUCGUUCCUGAAAACACUUUCUCUGAAACUCAACAAUCACACUGUGCAUUUCUUUUACAAUGAGCACACGAAUGAUUUUGCGUUGUACACAGAGGCAAUCAAAUUCUUCAACCACCCGGAAAGCAUGGUCCGGAUUGCAGUUCGAACGAUAACUUUGAAUGUCUACAAAGUGUCAUUGGACAACCAACCGAUGCUGCACUACAUCCGCGAUAAAACCGCUGUCCCUUACUUCUCCAAUCUUGUCUGGUUUAUCGGGAGCCACGUAAUAGAACUGGAUAACUGCGUGCAAACCGACGAGGAGCACAGAAACAGGGGGAAGCUGAGUGACCUGGUAGCUGAGCACCUUGAUCAUCUUCAUUACCUUAACGAUAUUCUUAUUAUUAAUUGCGAAUUCUUAAACGAUGUCCUCACAGACCACCUACUGAAUAGUCUCUUCCUGCCUCUUUAUGUCUAUUCAUUAGUGAAUCAAGAUAAGGGGGCAGAACGUCCGAAGAUCAGCCUGCAGGUUUCUCUGUAUCUGUUGUCCCAAGUGUUCUUAAUUAUACAUUAUGCGCCUCUGGUGAAUUCGCUGGCGGAAGUUAUCCUGAACGGAGACCUGUCCGUGUUCUUUUCGAAAGUGGAGCAAGAUGUCCAGAAAAGCUCCGCCAAGACGGGCCUCCGAUGCUUCAUUAAGCCCCCCGAGACCCUGGAACGGUCCCUGGAAAUAAACAAGCACAAGGGGAAGAAAAGGCUGCAGAAGAGGCCCAACUAUAAAAAUGUCGGGGAAGACGAGGAAGAGGAGAGGGGCCCGGAAGAUGCCCCGGAAGGCACGGAGGGGCCUUCCAAAGGCAUCCGGCCGAGCGGGGAGAACGAAGAAAUCGAGAUGGUGAUCAUGGAGCGGUGCAAGCUGGUGUCAGUGACCGAGCAAAACAUCACCGACGAGGAGAAGAGCGCAGCGGCCGCCGAGAUGCCCCAGUGGAACAGGCCGUUCCUCGAGAUGGUCUACAACGCGCUGGAGUGCGCCGACUACGACUACUAUGCGCUCUUCGUGCUCUGCCUCCUGUACGCCAUGUGCCACAGCAAAGGAAUCGAGCCCCUCACGCUGGCCAGGAUCCAGCUCUCGGCCCAGGAUGCAGAGGAGAAGAAUGCGUACAACCACGUGCUCGCGGAAAGGCUCAUCCGGAUCAUGAACUACGCCGCUCAGCCAGACGGCAGGAUCCGCUUGGCCACGCUGGAGCUCGGCUGCCUCCUGCUCAAGCAGCUGGUGAUGUCCCGGCAUGGCAGCAUCAUCAAGGGGGUCCACCUGGCCUGCUUGGAGGGUGCCAGAGAAGAAAGUGUUCACCUGGUGCGGCGUUUUUAUAAGGGAGAAGAAAUUUUUCUGGAUAUGUUUGAAGAUGAAUACAGAAGUAUGACUCUGAAGCCCAUGAACGUGGAGUACCUGAUGAUGGACGCCUCCAUCCUGCUGCCGCCAACGGGGACGCCGCUCACGGGGAUCGACUUUGUGAAGAGGCUGCCCUGCGGAGACGUGGAGAGAACGCGGAGGGCGAUCCGAGUCUUCUUCAUGCUGCGUUCCCUGUCGCUGCACCUCCAGGAUGAGCCAGAAACCCAGCUGCCCUUGACACGGGAAGAGGACUUAAUUAAGACGGAUGAUGUGCUCGACUUGAACAACAGCGACCUAAUUGCCUGCACGGUGAUCACAAAAGACAGCGGCCAAGUCCAGCGGUUUCUGGCUGUGGACGUUUACCAGAUGAGUCUGGUGGAGCCCGAUGUCGCCCGCUUGGGCUGGGGAGUGGUUAAAUUCGCAGGUCUUCUGCAGGAUAUGCAGGUGACGGGCGUCGAGGACGACAGCCGGGCCCUGAACAUCAUCAUCCACAAACCGGCCUCCAGCCCGCACUCCAAGCCGUUCCCCAUCCUCCAGGCCAUCUUCGUCUUCUCCGAUCACAUCCGGUGCAUCAUCGCGAAGCAGCGCCUGGCGAAGGGGCGCAUCCAAGCCCGGCGGAUGAAAAUGCAGCGAAUCGCAGCUCUUCUAGACCUUCCGGUCCAGCCCACCAAUGAAGUGAUGGGCUUUGGACACAGCUCUGCUUCUGCGGCUCAGCACCUGCCAUUCCGGUUUUAUGACCAAGCCCGGCGUGGCAGCUGCGACCCUGCCGUCCAGCGCUCCGUCUUUGCGUCUGUCGAUAAGGUCCCAGGUUUCGCCGUGGCCCAGUGCAUCAGCCAGCCCAGCCCCCUGCCGCUUUCCUCGCCGUCCCCUUCCUCCAGCGGGAGCACCGGGCGCUGUGACUCCGCGGUGGCGAGCUCCACCUCCACACCUUCGGUGGUGCAGAGCCCCUCAGCAGAAGACCCGUCGGCUCUCGCACAGCCUGCGGCUUCGUCCUCCUCCGGCCUCCUGGCGGCCGCAGACGACCCCUGCGCACACGCCGCCAAGCCCAGCAAGAGCCACGCGAGGCCCGCGGAGCUGGACGUGGCGAGCCUCUCCCCUAGCCUGGUCCCCGCCCCGCAGCCCACGAUCUCCCUCAUCUCGGACCACGGCGCAGACACCCUGAGCGUGGAGUCGCUCACGCUGGUCCCGCCGGUCGACACGGACAGUAUCCUCGCCGUGGGCUGCGCUCAGCCGCCGGCCCCGGAGCCCGACGGUCGCACAGAGGCCGGUGGCGGCCUCCCUGCCCCUCCGUCGGACCAGGACGAGAACUGAUGGGCGGGAGGCAGGCUCUCUCCUCCUCCUCCUCCUCCUCCGCGUGAGCAGUGGUGGGGCCUGCAGCCGGCCACGGGUCGCAUCCCGUCCGCCCAGUGUCCGAGUCUCCUGCACAAUAAACAUCCAGCCUUUUUCUAAGGAAAGAGGAGGGGAACCCCCUGAACCCCAGGCUGGCGCUGCACCCAGGCACUGGGGGGGGGGCGACUGGGGAGGGGAGGCGCCUUGGGAGGACCUGGGGGCCGGCCACUCCCUUCCGCCACCCAUGUGCUUGCUCUGCGUGGGCCUGGCGCCGCACAAGCAGCGACUGCGGCCGAGGGCGCUGCCGCCUGGGCCACUGAGCCGGUUUGCUCCACUUGGCCAGGGGAAAAGGGCGGCGAAGGAGCUCGCGGGAGGAGCAUUUCCCCCUCACUGGGCAAACCUCCGUCUGCGUCUGUCUGCUCCGCUCCGUUCGUUUUAUUUCUCCUUUCACUGGAAGGCAUGAGGAACCUGCGGACACCCGAGCCGAGCCGGCCGCUCGCCUUUCGAGCACCGUCCGCUUUCAUCUUGGAUUUGUGUGUAUUCCGUGUGUGGUCAUUUUAAUUUGAAGUUGUAUGCACAUCUGUGGCAGGUGGGGAUUGCAAACACGAAAUCAUUCUGAUAUUUCGAGUGCCACUCUAAAGGGCUCGUUCGGAUGAAGACACGGGGGGCCUGUGGGCAGAGUUUUGUGUAAAGGAUUUCAGAGGAAUGUAAAAUAUUUUAGCAUACUGA